GCAGAGAGCAACAGGUUUAAAUCCUGUCUGUGCACAGCUCUAUGAAGCUUGUUGAUGAGGGCCUGAAACACUGACCCUGAAUCAUUUAAUUUCAUGCAAAUUUCUAUAAACCGGAGCUAUGAUAUUUAAGACAGCAGUAGAACAUGCAAAGAAACACCCUGGCCUCAUCCCGCAGUUCUUCUUCAUCUGUUUGGGAAUGGGCGGGGCAUCACUGUAUCUCAUAAGGUUGGCCAAAGGACCCCAUGUCACCUGGAACAAAACCAGUAACCCUGAGCCUUGGAAUAAACUUGACCCCACAUAUCAGUACAAGUUUGUGGCCAUCACCACUGACUACAAGAACCUGAAGAAAGAAGGGCCUGAGUUCUGAAUCUCCCUCCGGCCUCCUGUCACAAAUCACAAUGGAAAAAAUAAUAGCAAAUCCUGAUCUAGAUUCAGGUUCACUCUCCCUCUCCUCUUUAUGUCUUCACUGCAGGUAGAAGAUGAAAUGGGUCCUAGAUCAGUAUCUAUAACACUUUAGUGUCUCUGUGCCUGUGUGAUGUUUGUAAAGCAGCUGUUGAUCUGCGACUGAGAGUGUCAGUAAAUGGAUCCUGAAGGCAUAUAUGAACACUGAAAAAAGUUCAAUAUGCUGUGUUUCUAUAUAAUUACACUAAUGCAAGUGAGAUAUCACACAUGUCCACCUGCCCCUCACUGCACCAAACAAGUGGCAUCGGAUUUUUAGCCAAUUUAAUGCAAAUAAGGGACGAUACAAAUUCCAUUUAUUGCUUUCUAUUCGCUGUCAGAUAUGAAAAUCAAUUAUCAGACUUCCAAAAGUUGCAGUGGGUUGUGC